UGCGGCCCCGCCCCCUCGCCCUCUCGCCCCCUCCCGCGGGAGUCGCGGCGCUGCGGGUAGGAGCCGGGUUGCAGGAGACCCCGGGUUCGGUUGGGAUUCCCAGCCAAAACGGAGCUUAAGCCGGGCAGGCGAGCGAAUGACGAAGUAGCGAGCUGCACGGCGGCUUGCUGCGCUGUUGAGGACGCUGUCCCGCGCGCUCCCAGGCCGCCCCGGGGUUUGGGGUCUUCGAAAGAUAAUCGGCGCCCAGAGCCGAACAGCGGGGGCACACGGGGCGCUGCUGAAGUGCAAGGCCACUGCCAGAGCUCGAGCUCGACGCGCUGUCUCGAGUUGUAGGACCCUGACGUGGCUGAGGCGGCCCCGGGAGCAUGAGCGGGCAGCGCGUGGACGUCAAGGUGGUGAUGCUGGGCAAGGAGUACGUGGGCAAGACAAGCCUGGUGGAGCGCUACGUGCACGACCGCUUUCUGGUGGGGCCCUAUCAGAACACCAUCGGGGCCGCCUUCGUGGCCAAGGUGAUGUCGGUCGGAGACCGGACUGUGACAUUAGGUAUUUGGGACACAGCAGGCUCUGAGCGCUAUGAGGCCAUGAGUAGAAUCUACUAUCGGGGUGCCAAGGCUGCCAUCGUUUGCUAUGACCUCACAGACAGCAGCAGCUUUGAGCGAGCAAAGUUCUGGGUGAAGGAACUGCGCAGCCUAGAGGAGGGCUGCCAAAUCUACCUUUGUGGCACCAAGAGUGACCUGCUGGAAGAAGAUCGGAGGCGUCGACGUGUGGACUUCCACGACGUCCAGGACUAUGCAGACAAUAUCAAAGCUCAGCUCUUUGAAACAUCCAGCAAGACAGGCCAGAGUGUGGACGAGCUCUUCCAGAAAGUGGCAGAGGAUUACGUCAGUGUGGCUGCCUUCCAGGUGAUGACAGAGGACAAGGGCGUGGAUCUGGGCCAGAAGCCAAACCCCUACUUCUACAGCUGUUGUCAUCACUGAGUCAGCACUCACCUGGCCUGGGGGAAUUAAAGGAAUUCCCCAGAAGGGCUGGACCCAGCUCCUUUCUGGGCUUGGGUAGUCAAAUGUCUGAGCUACCCCAGGUCCUCAAGUCAGCAGAGGUGGCGCCUGCCUGUGCUGGCCCAUGGAACGGAGACAGCAUUGGGCUGACUGUGGGCAUGAGGAGGGAUAAGGGCUGAUUUGGACCCCAGGCUUCUGCCCUGGACAGCACUUGUGUCUGCAGAUUAUUUAAGUGGCUUCUGAUCUGUAAAUAAAAUGAAUGCACUGUGAAUCACACCCA